AUCUCGCACUAUUAAAACACAUUUUUAUCAGGGAAGGCUCAGGGAGCCACCUAAGACAAGGUUUUAUUAAAAUAUUUACCCAGCGCUAACCCACUUCUGACACCUAUAAAACACACGCAAACAAGGUCACAUGAAGCAAGUUAUUUAUCUCCUACAAUCAUGUGAGGGUCAUUUUCACUCAAUAGUAAAGUUAACCAGCUUUUGUAAAUUGUGAUGUACUUUAUGGUUGUCCUCUAAGGUCAAAGUCUUGACAGUGAGCAUUAGAGCGUGGCAGCACAUCAAACCUCAGUAAAGCUGUUUGGAGUGUCCAGGCGACACAUCUCUUUCUAUGGCUGGGACACUGCAGCUGUCAUGGCUAUUCUUCAUACUCCUUUUCCUUCUGGUGGGACUGCAAGGAGAGGAAAGGGACGCAGCGCAAAGACGAAACAAGAGGAGCAUUAGCAAUGACCAACCUCGUAUGCUGUCAGAUAAUGGUCACCUCGUUUUCACAACUGGGGAGAAUAAAGACAUCCGCUUCCAAACAUCAGCAUCAGGCCGGGUUAAAGUGGGUACUGAAGACCUCACCCAACUUUUGACUCAGAUAAAAACCAACAAAGAUGACAUUGAUUACAUUAAAUCUCACGGAGGUGGUGUUCCCCCUGAUAUCACUAACAAACUAAACCAGCUUGAUACCAAGGUGUCAGCAGCUGAGAAUAGAGUGACUGCCCUUGAAGCGACAGUUCACAGGGUGGCUUGCAGCAGCAAUCCCUGUCAGAACGGAGGGACAUGUCUGAACUUACUCAACUCAUACCACUGUCUGUGUCCCAACAACUGGGCUGGUCCUAACUGUGCAACAGAUGUCAAUGAAUGUCAGGUGUAUGCAGGAACCUUUCAGGGUUGUCAGAAUGGAGCAACCUGUGUCAACACUCCUGGAUCAUUCACUUGUACCUGUUCUCCAGAAUGGUCUGGGAGUCUCUGUACUGUGCGUUAUGAUGACUGCAGAAAUGCAGGACGGGACUUGUGUGUUCAUGGCACAUGUAUUGAUGCAGACCGGGUUGUAACUGGACAGCCUAAAUACCAGUGCAUCUGUGAGAGUGGCUGGGAGGCUCCAGCUGGGAACCCAGCCUGUGUAGCUGAUGUUAAUGAGUGUGACCUGCCCGUCAAGCCUUGUUCCACCAACCCUGCUGUUACCUGCUACAACACUCAGGGUUCCUUCUACUGUGGAGCCUGUCCUGCUGGCUGGCAAGGCAACGGUUACAGCUGUCAGGAUGUGGAUGAAUGUUUGACCAACAAUGGUGGCUGCUCCACCACUCCGAUGGUGCAAUGCCUGAACACCAUGGGUUCCUUCCACUGUGGUUCCUGCCCUCCAGGUUAUGAAGGGGAUGGGAGAACAUGCACUCAGACCAACAUCUGCGCUGUCAAUAAUGGAGGCUGUUACCCAACAGCUACUUGCUCCUCAAAACCCAGUGGAAUUAAAGAGUGA